CUCCUGAGAAGACACCGAGGCGGCACAGUCUCUGAUAACUGGAUACCUGAGUGCAAAGUCAAAGAGUUUUUAAAGAGAGACGCGCUUGUUGGAGAUUGAAGCUGCGUAAAGGCGUGACACAUGGGCUUCUUACUCUCACAGCAAGGAUUUUGACGAGAGAUCUUGACGUACUUGACGUUGAAAUCCGCUUCAAGACAAGCUGACACGUUUCAGAAGAACAAAACCAGGUUCAUCUGCAGUUUUGGUCCCAAAUUUGGAGAUUGCGCGCAGUCUUUCCCUGGACGCUGUGAUUCUGAGACGACCUUGAGUUCAGACGCCGAACAUGUUGUGAGAAAUUUCCUGCGGAGUUAUUUACUCAUUAACUAUACAAGCUGUUUGGAGGCAAGACUGAACAGGUUAUUGAAGGUAAGCAGAGGGGAGUCAUGCCUGAAAAACUGGCUUCAUUUCAUUAAACGCUGAUUGGACGUGAGUCAGCAGGAGACGGCAUGAGUAGCAGAUUGAGGACAAACAUUUACUAUACUUCUGAGCGCUGUGUGGUUGUGUGUUCUUCUGUUUCGUCCGCCGUGUUGUGGUGUUUAUGUCUCUGCAAGCAAACUUGUGCCUAAUUAGGUUUUAUAUGGGCUUUAGGCUGCAUGCGCCACUCAGCUGUAAAGUUUAUUUUUCCUGACCUGGAUAACUUGCCAUCUGCAAAAAUGUCAAUUUAACAGCUCAUUUGGUCUCGCAUUCUCCCCUAAAAUACUCGUUCUUUUAAAACUGGAGAUAGGUUUGAGAAAUAUUUUCUAUGCAAGGUUUUUUUAGGGGGGUCAGUUUUCUUAAAACAAGACAAGAAAUAACAAAUUUUACCUGAGAGAUUUCACAUAGUAUGCUUAAUUUGCUUAAAUGUGUGAUUUAUCUCAUCCUCUUCACCAAAGCUGGAUCUUUUAUUCAUAAAACAUCAUAUUUGUUUAAGCAAAAUGAAUCCAACUCACUUUACACCCUCUGUGUUUUGUCCAGGGUGCUGAGACUCUGCAAGCAGCCGUGGCAGGACAGUGGCCAGAGUAAAAAAAAGAAAGAUUUUUGGCUGCGUAAAAAACGAGGUGGAGGAGGCGCCUCUCCGUGUUGAGGCAGAGCCGCUUUAGAUGGAUUCUUCAUGUAUGCUUCAGCCACAGUGGAGACCGUUUGCUUUGAACGCUCACACGCCGUUACAGUGAUCCGCAAAACAUGCCACGACGCUGCGUAUGGAUAGCCGAAAACAUGAGCCGCACCAGGCGGGGAAUAAGAAGCGGCUCUCUGGUCUCCCCCGGUGCGCACUUGGAGCUGAAUGCGCACAGGACAGCUGGUAAGAUAGUUCAAAGUUUGAAGCCAAUACCAAAGUCUUUCAGAGGAGUAUUUGAUCAUAUUUUUAUGCGUGAUGUUGCUGUGUAAGCAGGCCUGCUCUCUUGUCUUCAUGUUUGCUGUGACAACACUGAAAAAGCUGUUUGAUGUUUCAUUUCUUUUCACAUCAGCGGCUCUUUUCUGAUCUCCUCGCACGCACCUGCCAGCUGUUUUAGACUCCUCUUAUACUGCUUGGGGUUAACGUGACCUGGAUUCAGUUUGGGACUUAAUUUAGUGUUUAUUGGGGGUGUUGGUGAAACCCUGUCUGAGAGGAGGUGUUUGGUCUUUGUGAGUUUAUGAAGUGAAGUUUUCUGAUUUAUUGUCUGGACUCUUUACAAGGUGCUGGAAGGUGACUCUGAAUGUUGGAGGAAUGUAAAUCAGAGUGACAGGGAUAUUAUGUGUGCCUGUAAGUGUGUGAGGUGGAAGCAGUGGCGGCCAGGAAGUCUUCAAGUGUGACCCUCUGCUGUGGUGGUGGUGGGCUGCAAAUCUAAAUAUCAAAGUUAGGGACACACACAGACACAACACAAACACAAACACACAGCUGCAUCCAUUUCCCUCCUUUCCAGCACCUCUGAGAUACUUGACUGUUCACCCAUGAGUCUGGUGCUGCUGGAGGUCUUUGCCCAUCAAAGGAAGUUUUUCGUUGGCACAGAUGUGAAGUACAUGCUUAUUGGUGGAUUACUGUCAGGUCACUUUGUAAAAAAGUUGUUAAAAGCAGGUCCUGGAGUCAUGAGGUAACUUUUGCUGCUCUGAGUCUGCUCUAUGGAAAUAAAAGCAAAGUGAUUAAAACAGGUGUUUUGACAAAACCACUCAAGACCACUUUAGUUUACAACCGUUUUUAUUUUUUAUUUUUAGCAGGUAAGAUUUCAGUCUGUGGUACUUUCCAUUCCUAAACAGCGCAUUUGUCCGGAUUUGUCCACAAAGUAAAAGAUGUGUCACCCUGAUGAGUGGAUGAACUUUCAUUCUUGCUCUCUGACUCAGUUGCCCACUGACUCACUCUGUCAUGUGCAUACAACGGCAAAAGCUGCCCUCUGAUGUCAGGAGUCCUUUUUUCUCAUCGCUCUUUUGAAACAUAUCAAAGCUGCUGUACUUGAUGCAUCUGGACUGGAUCGACCUGAGACAUGUCACACAUCCCCAGCAGAUGUUUCCCUCUAAAUGCCUGUAAAUUGUGUGAAAACAUGUCGUGAAACAACCUUGUUUUUCUUUACCCGUGUCAUCCAAAAUCGCCAGUUUGCUCUCAGGUUCCAACAUAAGAGCAUCACCUCUGCUUCAGGCAUCUCACACUCGGCCGUCACGCCGCCACAGCUUUCACUUCCUCUGGUCAAAGGUCACAGGGUCAGCAGCCCUGCCAAGGGUCAGGUACAGCGGGCCGGUGUGUAGCCUGUAGCAGCAGCCUCCUGAUGUGUGGUCUGGUUUGUUUUAACUGGCAUGUGGCUUUACGAGAGCUAGCGUGCUGUUAGUCAGUGUUAUGGGUUUGAGCCUUCGUUUCUUCUCAUGCUGUUUUCUGUUGUCAAACUCUGCGAAGGCCAGCAUAAACCUGUCAUCGAGAUUUCAUUUAUACCAGCCAUAAAAAACAUAUAGCAAUAACAUUUUUGAGGAAAUUGUUUCUGUAAACAUGUUCUAUUCGCCUUCUACUCCAGCUGUUAUUAAUUCCUAAAAGUUGUUAAAAGACAUGAUACUCAGAGAAAUAUUUUUCCUGUUUAAACUGCACCAGUUUUUCAGGAAGCAAAAAUCUUGACUCUUGAGGCUGAUGAUGAUGUUCAUUUUUGAAUGUCAUAAAAGGAAUCAAUUCAAAAUUCAAUUUAUUUCAAAGAUGUCCAAAAAAAAAAAAAAAAUCCUCACAGGAGCUUCCAGAAAUAGUUUUCAUGUAAGAUUUAUUUUUAAAAAACAAAUUAGAAAUAAAAAACACAAAAUUCAUCCGAUCCCACAUGGUAAUAAACUGAGGGAAAAGUCAUAAUAAAAGUAAACUGAAACAAAAAAAGGAAAAAACAGAAAUUAAACGAUGAAACAAUGCCCAUUUAAUUUGAGCAAUAUACUGUCAUCCUUGUAAUUAUUGUUUUUUUGGUGCCAAAUGUUUAUAUUUUAAUCUUUAAUUAUGUCUCUCUUAACAUAUAUCCUCUCAGAUUUGACUCCCCUUGCCUCACUUUAGCUUUUGGGGACAUUUUGUAUUCCUCAGUUUAUCAGAUAUCAUGAAGUAUCAUCACAUGAUUAUCCUGUGAUUAUUUCAGAACUGCUGUAGUAUCAUGACAUUUAAGUUAUCAUGGGCAAACUGUCAGAUAUAGUGAGUUCCUAUUCAUACUUUUUGGCAUUGAGAAAUAAAAUCAGCUGGACUAGUUUUAAUUUUUUAUUUUGUGCUUAGUUAUGUUCAGCUAAGAUUGCGGGGGCUUCAAUCCUCAAGAUUUGUUGGGCUGUAAAAGUCUCUGCUCAUGUUUGUCCCUCCUUCUGCUUCCAUCAAAUAUAACACCAUGUCUUAACAUUGAGCCAUGAAAAAAAUACCGAUAUAAUCAACCAAAUACUCAUGGUAUUGUGCAUGUUAAAGAACCUUUUAUGUUGAAAUUGCGGAUAUAUCAAUAAAUUACAGUAAAUUACAGUAUGAGUUUGAAAUAAACCAGCUGGUAUGCAAAAUCUGUAAUUUAAGUAUUUACUGCUAGCUAGCUAGCUUGGUUUUUACCCAUUGCUUUACUGAGUAUUUGACAUGAAUAUAAUUUGUAAGCCCAGACCAACUUUGACCAAACUGUUGUAGGUAGACUUAGUUUUCAUCUUUUUGUCCUGUGUCAUCCUUCAACAGAGUUAGCUUGGGAGAGUUAGCUUGUGCUGUUAGUUUAACUUUACAAUGAGUGUGUUUAUCAAGUAUGUGUUAUAUGAGUCCUAAAAGCAAUUACCAAGGUGUUACAAUCAGUUUGAAUUACUUUUAAAGAGCAGCACUCAACACAAUGUUCGUUCAGUAAUUCUUUUUUUUCUACUACUGAACAAAUUUACGACAUUGUUUGACUUCCUAAUCAACUUCUGUUUACAUUCUCAGGUUGUAAAAUUUUAUGCUCAGUAAGCUCAGCGCAUAUAAAAAACAGAUAGAUCCUGAUUGCUUGUAAAAGAACUUAGAUUGUUUCAUAAAAUUACUCACUUGAAAUCAUCAAGACAAACCUGAGAGCUCUCAGAAGUCGUGAUAAAAGAAAUGUUAACAUUUAUAGAGGAGUUUGGUGCCAAUAUGGCAAACUUUUAAUUGGCACAGAGUUGUUGGAGGCAUUGAAAGCAUCAGACUCUAUGAUGGGUGAAGUCAGCAGCAAAGUUGGGCUGAGUCUCUUCAGGUUGGUGGGAAUGUGUCAGUUUAAGAUGGAUGUGGAUGGGGUGCAGUGAGCCUUGUCUUUGGCCGUGUCUCAACCUUGCUGUCUAAUGUUACUCUGGUUGUCCCUUCACUAAUGGAGAGUCUGCAGAAAAAGAGAGAGAGAUUGAUUAUGCAACCUGAAAGUGCCACAGGGCAACUCCAAUCUGGAAGUGCUUAGAGUACGCGGAGAGCCACAGUGAUUCCUUUAGGGCAAAUUGAAGGAGGCAUGAUCCGACAAAAAGGAAUUUCAAUUUGUUAGAUGUAUUCUUUCAAACAAAUGCUUCCCAUGCUACUUCUGUUUACCGCGUUUGUGCUUUUGUAGUGUGGCACAAUCUCGUGUAAGCACACUGGGGGAAUAAUUUCUGCCUCUGAUGUUGAAUUGUUCGCUGUUGUCGAGCACUUUGACUUCUUCGAGUUCAAACAGCUUAAAUCAUUUGGAACAAAGGCGCAGUUAAUACUUUGGAGCCGCUGAUGAAACAUAAAGCAAACUCCUGUCCUUAUCGUAAAAUCUCACUCCUUAAAACAACUUUUUCUCAAAAUACUGAAGAAUGUUAACUAGCCUGCUGUGGUGUUUUUUUGAUACAAUAAGCUGUAUUCUUCUGAAAUUAGCGGGUCAGAUUCAUUAAUCACAGCGUCUGAGGGGCCACUUUGAACUAUCAGGCCAGGUCAUUAAACGCAGCCUGUCUGGGGCACGAGCGGGCGACACGGAAACACUUUGGAGAGCGCUGGUUCACCCACAAGACACAGUCAUAAUGACCAAUGUGUGUGUGAGUGUGUGUGUGUGUGAGUGUGUCACAGAUGGCCACUUUUCUGACUGCUACUCUCGGGCUCAGUGUGGGCUUAAUUUGGAGAAAUAACAACAUGAGAUGGGAGCAGGAAAAGGUCACAGGGUGGAUGAAUGGCGGGAAAGGGGAUUUCUGCGGGUGAGUGUGAGGACUUCUGUGAGAAAUGUGUGGGAUUUUGAGUGUUUGUAUGUAGUGCGAAUGUCAGUACAAAGAGUGUUUGAGUAAGAUUUAGACAGAUUUUUAAAAAAGAGUAAGUUAAAGUUGUUCUGCGCUGAUUUUCCGCUUUACAACUCCAUCUUCAUCCAUCUGCAUUUUUUUUAUCUGUCUUCUCUCCGGCCUUUUAAGUGCCGCCGUCCUCACAAACACCGGAAAGUGAAACCCUACCCUCUGAUCAUCGCUUCAACGCGGCUAAAAUGUGUUCCCAUUUAAGGUGAGGCUCACCCAACCGCUCUCUGUGUGGCUUCCUUUUAAAACCAACUUAAUCAGGCAGGAAUUUGGGUUAUUAGGGUCAGGGACAUGGGGAGACGGCCUCAGCCAGAGACACAGAGAAGAGGAGGGAGACAGUGAGGACACACAGAUGUGUCACAUCAGGAAGUUGUCUUCAUCUCAGAGCUCGUGGGAAAAACACUCCAUGCACUGAGGAUGAUGGUGUCUUAUUUAAUUUUCCUGAUCGGGUCACAAGACACGUAUAUGUCUGUUGCAUCGUGGGUUCCUGUGUGGCUAAUUGGUGCUAACUGCACAUUAGCUAAACUUUCCAGUGACCCUGCGCUCUUAAUCUUGUAGAGGCUGUUGUACAUCGCUGAAGGUUCUGCUGAUGUGGAAAAUCUUACAGCAGGUUCAUUACACUGUCUUUCACCUUCUUUAUCAUUACCUUCUGUACCUUAAAAUGUUUGGAAACUUUUGAUGUUGAAUAUUUUUGUAUUAGCAGUUUAUCAUAAGUUUAUUUGAGUUGGAUCUUGUUUUUAUGUUCAUCAUAUUCAUUUUGUUAGGUUUAUGUUUAUUUAAAUCACAAUGCCAAAGUCUAAGACCCAGUCAGUUCAGUCAUGUCCCAUAUUCUGCAAAUAUGUGUAUAUUUCAGGCCCUUUUGUGCACUUACAUGCCAACAUUUGUGUUCAAUAUAAAGUGGAUUUUAUGGCCCAGUGGGAAACACCAUCAUCCACUAUCAGUCUCCUGUUGGGUCUGCUUUUGUCCCCACCAUCUCCAGUGAGAACUAACCAGGAUUUUCACACUAAAACGUGGUUGAAAUCAGGGUCAGAAGGUUCGGAUAUUUUGAUGGCCUGUGUAUUUUGGUUUUACAGAUUUGAUACGAUGAUUACAACAACAUUCCUCUGAAGUAAGUUUGAUGCAAAGGUGUAAAUUCAAUGUGUUUUGUUUUUCAUGUAGUGUGAUCUUAACAAGUAGUUUCAGAGGUUGAGUAAAGGCAGAGGUUCCUAAAAAUUAUUUUGGGGGCCAGGAGUCAAACUAGUGACCCAUGCAGUCUACAGCUUUUCAUGGAGUAUGCACUUAAAGUGUUGGGCCUCAGAAGAAGGCGGUUCAGAUAUUAAGAUGACACAGAUGAGAAGUCAGACAGUGAAGCACACAGUACAGGUAUGGGUCCAAUAAAGAUGCUGAAAUCUUACAUUAAACUGAAUGAAACUGCUGAACUGGGAGGAAAUUCUCCGCUUCAUUAUGAAAGAAUGAAUGUUUUUUCAUGUCGUCAUUUGCGCAAUCAUUGUGACCUAAAAUUAAUGAUUAGUUCAGCCUUUAAACUUUUGUCAAAGCUAUCUUAAUACAGCUGAAACUACAGAGGCUUGCAGAUUAAAGGGUUCAAAUUCAGGCUGUCAUACUGAUGCUGACAGGUACCAUCUUUAUUAAAAUAUUGAUUGUCGAAAUACUUUUGUCCCAUUGUUGUUAUGACGUUUGGCUUAGGCUCUACAAUGAUUUCAGGUAGUUCUUUAUCAUAAUUACCGAAGUGGACAAAGUAUUGGGGUAAAAGCUACAGUACGUACACUGUUCAGUAGAUAUAAUGAUAUCAUUAGGUCUCAUCCUUUUUGUGAAGACAGUGAUGGUGUCACAAAACUUCUAAACUUCUACAGAUGAUUUCAGGUUACGCCAAACCAGUGAAGCUCUAUGUUUGAGUGGCAGAUUGAUGAUUGUUGUGUUUUCUUUUUCUUUAUAGUGUAACUGAGAGGUUAUUGGCUGAUUGAUUCAAAUUCACAUGUUUAAAGGGAGGCAUGAGGUCCUGGCAGGAGCCGACUGUCUGUCAACAACAGAACCAGCAAUGACGUAAAUGGUAGAAGUACCCAACAGGUAGUGGUUAGUCAGGCAUGUAGCAGAGCAGAAAUGUGUGAUCGUAAAGGAGGAAGGGUUUGAUUUGUAUGUCUGAAGCCAGCUUGAGGGAGUGUCAUAGAUAUGCGAGCGACUAACUCAACACACUUUGUACUGUUAAAGACAGCAGUUAUAUUGUUGUUGUCACAUGACUCCACUUUAGCUGAACUCUUGAGGCAGAUAUGAUGCUUCGGAGCGAGCAUGUGUUUUCUAUGUACAGCCAGCUGUCUGUAGUAGCUGAGACAAUAACUUUCACUUUAUUUCCUCCUUUUCUGCUGUUUGUAACAACACCAUCCGUGUUGCUGGAGGUUAACAUGCUGGUCACAGAUGACACUUUUACACCCCAUGCAAAUGUGCACUUUACAGAGCCUUUGGUGACCUGCUGAUCCUGCUGCUUUAAUGACCUGCUGUAACUCUCCACACAACCUUUGGCAACUUGAACCUGCAUGUGUGAGGGCGUUAAUCCAGAACUGAUUCACUUCAAACACAUUGUUCUCCACCACAAGUGCUUCAUUUAUUCCACUGAGGAGCCAUUAGACACGUUCCUCUGCAGCUUCUCUCUUUGGUGUGUAAAUAUGGCUGCAGGGUCAGUGAGGUAAAUCACUAAUCACGAAGGUUCAUCAUGAGGCAAUCAAUAAGUUUUCCUCUAAUGAGGUCCAGGCUGUGCCUUUGCCUUGUAACCCUAGAGGCAAAGAUUAAAAUAGACUGUUCGCCUUGACGUCUGUUAACCCUAAACAAGCUGAGAUCCACCUUAAAUCUAAAGGUGUGACAGUCAAGCAGCCAGUAGAAACAAAGCAACAUCAGUAUGGAGGCUUGUUUUGUACACUAGUUAGACAUUCACUUAAUUUUACUGCAUUUACCUCAAAAACAUCCAGACUUUUUGAUGUUGAGUGCUCCACUUUGUUCAUCAGAUUUUGUCCUUUGUGCUAAAAACAGCUGUGUUGCAACCAUCGGCUGGGUCAAACUUUAAAAUUGAUGCCAAUUAUGUUUUUUGUUUUUUCAUACAAGUUUUCUGUCAUUUAGUAGUUAAUGUUCUCAUGCUGAUUUAAGUUCAGGUAAUCGUUAUUUCAUAUUAAAAGGUGAUGAAUUGACAGCUCCUGCAGCGUUCUGUUCUGGAUUAGCAGAGUGGAGGAGAAACUGCGAGAAAUAACCUAACAAACACCAACACACUAAAUUAACUCUUCAUAAGUGUGAGUGUGAACUUCUGCUCUCCUGUGGACUGAGCUAAUCUGAUAUUUGACGUCUCAUCAGUAAGUCUAAUGUGUGUUUGGGUCAACGGGAGCUGUGGCACCACCACCAGUCAGAUGGCUUCUGGGCAUGUCUUGGCUGCGCAAGCACAUUAUGUCAACACCCAUCGAUUUAGUAUUGACGCUUUACAACUCACAGAGUGAGGGGAUGGAGGAGCGUUGAUUAUACUAAUCGACUGUUUUCAAUCAUUCAAUUUAUCAUUUAAUCUGUUAAAUAUUAGAAAAUGAUGACAUGCUUUCUAAAUGUUUCGUCAUGUCUCAAUUGACAAAAUCUUAGUAAAUGAAGAGAGGAAAACAGCUGGUCCUCAUACUGUGGAAACCAUAGACUGUAAAGCAGGGCUGUCCCAGUACACUGGUAUUGAUGAUAACAGUCUUUAAAACAAGAAACGUAGAAGUAUUGAUGCCAUGCUACAAGAUAAGCUUAAAUUAAUCAAAUGACUUAAUGGUAGCGCUUCUUUAUGCUGGACGCCACAUGUCAUAAGACAGAGGAUAAAGAGGAGGAAGUAGCGAAGUAGCGGAAGUAGUAGCAGUGCUGAUGAGUUAGCUGAAACAACCGUCUGAGAGAUGAUUAGACACGACUGGAGCUGAUGUUCAAGAUUUACUAUGAAUCCAAAAACAACCUUAAAGUUUGUGCCUCUUUAGGUUAGUAAUCAGCUGAACUUUUAUACUUUCUAAUUGUUCCUUUGUUUUCAUUCAUCUCUGUAACUUAAGGACCUACUAGAAGUCGUAAACCUCAAAAUAAAAGCACAGUUUUACAAUAAAGCAACCUGUACAACAAAAAUAAUAUCAAAAUAAAAGCAUGAUAAACAAUCUCUUAAUGAGGCAAUGUCUACUCUAAAGAAGUUUUAUUCACAGGGUCAUGAUAAAUUAUAAGUUUGGAUGUCAUUAGUAUGGAUGGUGACAUGUUGGUUGAUUGCAUUAGACAGUUAAGUUUACAAAGUACCGUGUUGUUCCACCCACGUCUCUGGCAAGUUAAAUGCUAAAAUAAGCACCGCAUACAAGAGCAGCUGGAAACCAGUCCAAUCAGCUGAGUCAUGUUUAAGUUGUUUAGUUUUGACAUUUCUACAUGACCUGAUUCAGGUCAGACCAACAACAACUGUUGAUCAAACACACGGCAUGUUUAAGCACUGUUGACACUUUUGAAAGAUGGCUGCCACUGAUGUGGAACAGUCUGAACCGGCUCACCUAUCAAUCCUAAAUGACUUUAUUUUAAAGAAAGCACCAAUUGUUGUUCUGAUAGUCAUACUGUGGCGUGCUAAAUAUCUGUGCAUCAUAAUGAACCAGAGGGCCAUGUUAUUGAAUCGAAUUGGAUUUUAUUUGUGAAGCACUUUUUAAACAUGUACACCCAACGUGCUUUAUGGGGGAUAAGAACAAACACAAAUAAAACAAAUUAUAUAUAAAAAAUUGUAGUAAUAAUAAUAAAAAUAAUGAUUUACAAUAAUAAUACUUAUAAUAACUUCAUUUAUUUAUAGAGGUCUUUCAAACAUCAGGUGCUACAAGGGCAGCAAAAUAAAACAGACAGGUCAUAAAGUCAAACAAAGGGAAGAUAAUACAAACUAACAGUCACAGGAAUAAUUUAAAAGACUCUAAAUGUAAUUAAAUACUUGAAAAACAAUUUCUUGAGGAAUAAAAUUCAAAUAAAAACAAAAACUUGGCUUUAAUUUGUGAAGUCUCUUAAAUAAAAGUUUUUUUAGGGAUUGUGAUUCCUGACCUCUACCUUAAAAAAAAAAAAAGCAAAAGCAAAUAAGUGCAGAAAUUAAUUUAACAUACAUUCAUAAAAUGACCUUGACUGACCUUUCUAAGUCAAACACACACACAUAAGUAGACCUAACCCUAACCAUAUUAUGGCCUCUUGUAUGGGGGCUAUCUUCUCUGUCCAGAACACCCCCACACUGAGACUAACUAACGACUAAACGUCAUGUUGGAUCCAGCGUAGCAGCCGCUCUCAAACUCUUCAUGUCACUCUAAUGAUUACAGCAUUUAGAGACAUGUUUGUUCUGCCUGUUGAUAAAAAUUCUUGGAGAUCAAAAAGAAUCUGAAGCUUUUGGAUUAAAAGUGUCUGCUAGACCAGAAACUGUUUAAAUCAUUGCUGCAGUUGAGUUGGUGUAAAUACACUAAAGUGGAAAAGUUGGUUUUAUUUACCUGAUUAAGGUGAGUGAAAAACAAAAAAAGUCAAGGUCAUCAAGGUCUCUAAGAUUAACAAAACUCUGCAUAUCAUUGCGUCAAAGUCUGUUCAGCCCAGAGUCCCUCCCUGCAUGUUUGUCUCCUGUGCCUCAGUGUCUCGUACCGGCCUGAAAGAAUCGUAGACACCCCCAGGCUCACAUGUUGUCAGCUCCUUAAUAAAACCUCCUGGUGGGAGACACACAGAGAGCAGUGAGAUCAUACAGAUUCACUCCUCUCUCCACCAUCCUCCUCCAGGCUGUGAAGUAUCCACACCUCUGAUUUCACCGGCCCCCUGCAUAUGUGUGUGUGUGUGUGUGUCCUGACAGUGUGUGGGGAAUUAACACACAUCGGCUUUAUCAUGUGUUUCUGCAGCAGUGAAAGGAUUAUAAGAAAAAGUAGCGACAGACUAAGAAGCAUCUGUCAGUGUGUGCGCACAUGUGUGUGUGUUUUGGGGUCGUUGGGGUGGGGGGCCUCUCCACCUAUCUGAACUGAGGCAUGGGACCUGCUAUCUGUUUCUCAUUUCGCCGGCGCUCUGCGGUUUUCAAGCAGUGACAGGCCUCAGAGUGGAAACUGGCACUAACGAGCAAUUACAUCCUGCCUGCCUGCCAGGGAUUAUGGGAUUACAGAGUGAUCAGGCUUCAGUCUGCGCUCUCUUUCUUCACUUUUUUUUCUUUUAUUCCCUCUUCCUCGCUUCCCUGAGUUCACCUUAUCUUUCUUUUGGACUUGUCCCAUUCAGAAGUUCAAUUAGUUUUUCCAGGUUUUCAUACACCUGAACCAGAACCGAUUUUCUCUCUUUGAAUCACCUCACUUUUUUCAUAUGCAUUUAUUUUGCUCCUCUUCUUUGACAUUGCAGCUGGAACACAUAGUUACGACACACUGUCACUACCUGCUGAAGAGUGAAAUCGUUCCAUUCAAGGAAAAAAAGUGUGCUUUUAACAUGGGAACAACACAUUUUAUGUUUGGGUAGCUGUAAAUGAAGCAUAAUGACACAGGAACACGGUGCAAAAACUUGCAUCCUGGACAAACUGGAUGUUGCAUCCUGCUCAAAAACACAACAUUGUUUAACAAGACAUUUCUGUGACUCUGCAUCCAGAAAAAGUUUUUAAAAGCCUUUUUGUAUAACACAUUUUGGAAAAGGUGUCCAAUCCCACAUCUUCAUGCUACGGUUCUUUGGGACCUCCGCAGAUUCCUCGGUGUCUGGUAGUGAUCAGGCAGCUCUCCUGGUGUUCUACCUCUCCCUCCUGCAUCUCCUCUUACACUGCAGGUGUCUUUUAUUGAGCCAGCAGUGAUUUACCGUACUCUUGUUUUCCUCCUCGCUCCCGCAAUCAUGCUGCGUGGUAGUGACAGGUUAAAGCUGGAGGUCAGAACAUUUCAGGUACGUGCACAUGCGAGCACAGCGGAGAACAGAGUGUGUCUCUAAUAGGUCAUUAUCAGAGAGGGUUGGCUCUUAAGGGGAGGCAAAACACAGGGGAGCUUUGAGAUUUCUUUUUUUACAGGGUGAGAGGUUUAUGGAGGCUCUGUGGGCAGAGCUCAGGUCUGAGGGUGAAACAGUAUACAGUAGGCACCAAGACCACUAAUCAGAAACACAUUUUCAUGCCUGUUUUCCAAGUAAAGAUAUUAAAAUUUCUCUGAUUAUAAAAGUUUGAAUCAUAUCCUUAAAAUCUCUGGAAUAAUUUAUGCAGUAAUAGAGAGGAAGAGAGCUGUUAUAGUCUAACACUCUCAGCCAUUUAGAAGAGAUAAAUGAGCUGGAAACCCUUUAUUCUUUUACUUUAGCACGAAAAGCACAAAAUAGAUAAAUAAGUAAAAAUGUAUUUCAAUGUAAUGUUGGAUUUUUACUGUAGACCACAAACAGUUACUGAUAAUCCACACUGCAAGGCUAGUUGGUUCGAGCAUGUAACCUACGCAUGUAUCUAGUCUGGUUGUUGUUUUAAAGGUUGUUUAUAAUGUGUUGUAUAAAAGAUUAACACAAAAUAUGAACUGCAUUUUUAUUCAAACUAAAAGUAACAGGACAGUGUUUGUAAAUGAACUUAAAGUCAAGCUGCGGAUACAUACAGACACUGCAGUUUGGCUUUUACCUUUUUUGUGUGUUUUGCCAAAUCUGCACAGGUCUCAUAUGUAGAGGUCUUGUGUUCUUUGGCUUGGAAGACUCCCUAAUUUGAAGACACCAAACUCAGAGUCGUUGUCUUGAUAUUUGAAUUAGUUUACCUAAUCGCUGAUAAUGUAAUCUCAAACAUUCAGUGACGUGAUUACUUUUCUCACCAAACUGAAUAUUCACUGACUUUUGGUCCACAUGCUAAUGUCCUCCACCCUCACUAAUAUCACACAGAUCUUAAAGUAAUUUAUGAUUUUUGGUCUUUUUUUAGCAGUUGUCAUCUUUGGUGGUUAAUCCUUUGUGUAACGAUCCACUUUCACCGCAGAUACAGACUUAGGCUACUAUGCUAUCAGUGCUAACUAAGCUUUUGAUCUGUUAAAAGGAGAUGGAUAGUGUUGGCUGGUAUUAGUUUUACAAAUACUAAUUUCUAUUUUAAUCAGGCAUAUAGCCUAUCUGUGUGUGGGAGCUAGCCUUGGCUUUUCAUGGGAUAAUCAAACAUUUAUUUCCUCUUUUUUCAGAUUAUUGGCUUAAGUUAAAAUUAGGUGAUGAUUGUAAAAUGAAGGUGCUGAGAGUAGUAAUGAUGAAAAGGUCUUUUACUAAUGUUUGGUAUUAAACAAAGGAAAGAAAAAAAUAAGAGAAAAAAAGUCUGGUUAUAUCCUGCAUAUGUUCUCUUAGCCUUCAUGUAAAGCUGAUUCUCUGCUUUUAAACCUUGUAAAAGUCCCCCAAACCAAAAUUUACAGCCAUCCUCUCAAAGCACUUCACUUAUCUCUAGUAGUGGCCAACUUUGUUUUAUGGGCUGUACUUGCUCCAGCAGCGCUUCCCUUCUAAACUAACUGUGAACAACAACAUGAGAGCAGAGGAGCAACAUUGCAAAUGGAAGGUGACAAGAAGUCCGCUCUCCCCGCUGCAGACAGUCAGCCUGAUGGACAAACCAAAGGCUUUAAUCAGCCAAACAAGGAAAAAACAUGCCCAGCUUUCUAAACACACACAUAGAUCAGGGACUGAAAAUGAACACACACACAACAUCAGUGGGCUUGUGUCAGUCUGGAGCUCCUCAUGGACCGCCGUCCUGCUCCUUCUCUUCCUGCUCGACUCCCCCACCCACCUCAUCCCCGAAAAAGGCUGCAGGCGUUGGGCUGUAAACAGCUACACAGUGCUUGGGUGAAAUGAACCAGCAGACAGGACCAUGUAGACUCUCUGCUCGCUGAUCUAAAGGUGGAUAAACACUCCCAGCUGUGGUGUUAAGGACUCAGAGUGGCACCUCUCCUGAAGAUCUGUAGCCUCCCUGUGCUGAUGGGUUUUAAAUCAGUUUAGAGACCGGGGGGGAGACAGAGGGCUGAGGAGUCUGCACAGUUUAAAGUUGCAGUGUCUGUGUGUUCUCUGUCUGCACGGCUGUAUUAUGCUCUCUUUCUCUCCCACUCCUCACCGUCUGUACCUCAGCCCUCUGUUGCGGCAGCUGCAACGUACAGGAUUGCAUAAAAGCACCAACAGCUAUCAUGACGUGUGAUCUGUAACCUUUUGUCAGUCUUCCAUCUCAUUGCACAGACAGAACUGCUGGGAUUGUAUUUGACUGUUAAAUAAACACUGUGUGCUUUAAUCAGCCAGAUCUACAAAUACACUAACAGUGUGCACUUGAAUACACUACCACAGUGUUUCUUUGGCUCAGUCCCAAGGUUAAACAAAGCAUCCCAGAGAUGACAGAUGCGGUUUCAAAGAUGUUUGAGAUAUGAGGGUAGAGGGCUGUGUUACAAAACUCAGAGAUUGGAGCUGAAUUAAGGAGCUGAUAAGUACACAAGAAGGAUAAGUUUAGUCUUAACACAGAAGUUUCAUUAAGGUGACAAACGAUAAAGUAUGACAUUGUACAUCUUGAUUACUUACUUUUUAGUCUUGAAAAUCAGAAGCUGGAGAAAUACCUCACCUGAAGGCAGAAGUCUCGUCUCACUGAUUAACCUCAAAAAUACAGUUUUAAUAACAAUUUUGAUAAUCAUCUAUCAAAUACAGACCUCUGGCAAGUUUACAUAGGGAUGCACAACAUGGAUCUCCCUGAACUUGAACUAAUAUUAACCUGCUCCAGACGGCCUGUACCAACAUGAUUACCAAUACUUUUUCAAACUUAUGUAUGUAAAUGAUGCACAGCCCAGGGUAAGAAAGGCUGAGAAUGAGCAAAGAUCCACACAUAUUAUUUUAUAUACUUAUUUAUUCCAACUGAAAUCACUUUUAACAGACACACAGACAAAACAAAGAACUGUUUCAACUUUUUAGUUGUGAUGACUGCUUCUUAAUACUGCGGUUAAACUUGAGGACCUCUUGUGAUUCUUGUGGCACAUGUUUUGCAAAUUGCAAUUAUGUUAACCAUCUCUGAAGCAAUGAAAAACAUUCAUGUUGGUGGUACCACUUUUACUUCAGUGUUAAAACUAUUGUAAUUCAGAUAUUCGAAUAGUUGUGGGUAGAUUUAUUGUCAGUAUUCCAGACUGUCUAUAGAUUUCUUCCAAGAGCUGAAAUGGUUGGUUGAAUAUUUAUGUCAACACUAUGACAGAUAUUUUCUGAUCAGCUGUAACAUCCUGAUGUCUGAUAGAUGAUGUGUUACAAUGGCACAUUUCAGUGGGUGGGAUACACUCAGCAGCAAGUACCUGGAACCUGAUAAAAUUGGACCAAGGAAGGAAAACCAGUCAACCAGCAGCAGGGUCAUGAUUGGCCCAGGCUCACAGAUCCUGGACUAGCCUGUGUGGUUUAAUCUGAAAGAAGAGGUAUAUAUUUAGAUUCAAACUACUGAAAAAUUUAAUGUUGGUUCUGAUGGACACUAGUUAUGCAAUUUGUUGGGUAUGGAGCUGUGUAGCCACUGACUGGUCAAGGUGCAUGCUGACCCCUCUCCACCACUGAAAGCACCAACAGAAGACACACGAGCAUCAGAAGUUGGCCUGUAAGAACACGAGAAAAAGCUCAAAGCAUUGACUUGGUCUCAAAAAUCCCCCAGAUCUUUAUCAGUCACGCAUCUGUGGGAUGUGCUGGAGGCUCCACCUCAAAACUUCCAGGGCUUAAAAGAUCUGCUGCUUAUGUCUUGGUACCAGAUACAACAGAACACCUCCAGAGAUCCACUUGAGCCCAUGCCUGGUCAGGUCUAGGCUGUUUUGGUCUUAACCUGACAAGAUAGAUGGCUGACAGUAUAAUAGGGAAGGUGGUCAUAAUGUUAUGGCCGAGCUGUUUGUUUUUAAAUAUGUGUGACACAUCACCAAAUAUAUUUAUCAAUUGGUUCGGAGAUUGACGAGUAAGGUUUGAUAGUCAUGGCCAUUAAAAUCCCAACAAGGUGAUCAGGACCCAAAGCUAAGCAGAGGGGUGUUGAUUUAAUUAAAUUGAUGAAAAUGUGUGAUAUCUAUAUUUAUUGUAUCAACUCCACGGUGUAUCAAAUUGUGUAACAUCACACUGUAAUUUGACUGCUGUGGUUUUUUUAGUGUUGUUUUGUUGGUUAGAUGAUCUAACACUAUUAUUAGAAUGAAGCUGAGGUCAGAGGAUGCGACUUUGCUAACAGUCCUGAUGGUCACUGUGUUUGAUAAAUGUGCCUUGACUUGACCUACAGACAUGAAAGACUGCAAAGACUAAUUGUACAUCAUCAGUUAUCACAAUAGACUGUAUAAAGAAUGGACGCCGUCUGCCUCCUCGCUGGGUGAAGCCUCCACAAGAACAGCACCCUCUGGUGACGGGCUGCAGUAUAGGUUAUAAAUCCCGCCUCCUCCAGCAAUCCCUGUGGAGCUGUGGACAAACUUUAGAAAUUGAUUACACAGAAUAUAGAUUUUUCUUCCCCCCUGCUUGCAAUGUUGACAUGUAGUUACUGUAAGACUGGUUUGUGCUCAAGUCCUCUUUUUUCUGUACAGCUCCAUUUUUAAGUUAAUAGGGGGUUCAUGUUUUCUAUGAUUGACACUUGAUACAGCCUAUGGGUGUACAAAGAUCGCGUAGCUCACCCGCGGAAAUGCUGUUUGAGCAGAGCGUCAACACAGCGACUCUCUGCGACUCUCCCACCAAAUGCGUACAAUGCUAAUGCGCAAGUGGUGGAGUGUGUACAACGCUAUUGUGCAAUGUUGGUUUCAGGAAGUGAAGAAAAAACCUGGAAAUACAGAGAGAUUUUGGCUUUAAAUCCAUAAACUGGCGGAAGGCAGAACCAAAUUGUCCAUAGCAUAUACAGUCUAUGGUUAUCACAGUGAUGUGUUGACAUAAAAGGAGGGGGGCUGGGCCAGACAACACAUGAAUAUGUUUUUGAUAGUUACUCAGUACAUCGCUGUGGUGAGUCUGGUAGUUCUCACCAACAUUUCGUUGAUUUUUUAAUUUUGUCGUGGUCAUCCCUUGAUGGCACAUAAUCAAGGUAGGGAUGUCGUUGCCAGAACUUUGCCUCUGUUUCAUAGUCCCAUCGUGCUGUUUUGACUUUUGCAGAGUGCUCUGAGCUGCCAUCGGUAAAAGCCACCGAUGUCAUGGAACAAGUCGAGAAAGGCUGAGAGAAAAAUAAAUAAGGCUAAAAUGGGCUUAAGUCAUUUAAUCUGACCGUAGUAUAAGAGAUUUCAGCUACUUUUGGAUGUUGUGCAUUAAAAUUUAGGACUUAGAUCACGUUGCUCAAAGGAGGAACCCUUUGACCUUAAUGACCUGAUGAUAUAGAUGCUGAAUGUUUGUCAUCUUCUGUUCCUGAAGUACGUGAUGCUCUGACCUCCUCUAAGUCUCGCAUUUUGGGGCGCCACAAAAGAGCUUGAUGACCUCAUGUUUCGGGCUGUGUGGCGCUCCACGUCGCAGCCGGCAGUAUUCUUCACCCUGCACGUACUAUAUAUAAACAUCUGCAUCCGUAACUCCUCUUAUCACCUGUCCUGCAUCUCUGUGGUUUUUGUCUGGGACCUCCGCGAAGUGCUCUCGCCAUGCCUGGUUCCCCCUGCUUGUUCCUCUGCCACAGGAAUAACCCUGAAGAAUGCCUUUGACAAGUGUAUCGCAGAUGCUGCCUUUUGUUGCUGCACUGGAGCUCUUUGCAUGGAUGUGUGAACCGACAAGCCAACACUGGCCACACGAGCUGGCAGCAAACACUGGAGAAACAACAAACAAGCGUCCUGGAGCUUUGAGGACGUGAUUUAUGUGACAUGUCGACUUGCUGAGGGGCCCAUGCUGCUUUUUUUUUACAGUAUCUGGACAAUUGUGAAAAUCUAUAGACAACAUAUUGCCCGCAUAUUGUGCCUUGAGUUUAUGUUACCCUUUUCAAAGGAGGUUCUGGGAGGAGAAAAGUUGACAGAGUGCAGCUUGGUCUUGUUCUUACAUUCCUCUCUUUCUCUCUCUCUCCAGGUGGGACCAGAUGGAGAGUUCGGGGGAAGGAUAGACACGAGAAUGCUUCUGUAAUGUCAGCAAAGGCCAAGGUUUGUCAGGAACAGGCACUGUCAAAAAAAGAAUACUGAACUUCCCUGCUGUCUCCCUCUUCCUUUUUUCUUCACUACAUCCUCUAUCUUCUCAUUUUCCCCAUUAAGACCUGUAUGAAAUCACCUUCUUUGCAAAUAACCUUGCCUCAUAAUUUUUCAUUUCCACUCCACAGACUGCUAUAAAACAGAAGAUGAGUUAUGUGUAGGUAUAAAUUGUUACUAUAAUCCUAUCCCCAAAAGGCUCAGAAAUAAGGUUUCCAUAAAAACAUGUCAGCACCCUGACUUUUUUUUUUCAAAAUCAUUUGUCAGUGGAGGAAGUUUGAUCCUGAGCAGGGAGAAAGUAGAGUGUUACUGAAGACUAAGGAGGUUCACUCAAGAUGAAGUACUGCUGUAGGUCCUUUGUGGAUUACUUGAGGAGUUGAGCGUUUUCGUUAGCCAGCGUCAAAACUGUCUGUAGCCUACCAAGCUAACUUCGUAAAACUGUAUGUCUUGUUUACUCAAUGUUAAAAUUUAAGUUUUUUUUUUUUUUUUUCACCUAACUUCACCACCAUGCAACUAACAACUGAUGAACCAAGUUAGGGGCUAGCUAACUAGCAUAGCAUAUUUAGCGCUCAGAUAACCAGAAAUUUCCCUCAUGAGCUGUUUGAGACCAAGUGAGAUAAAGGAAGAGUAAAUAUUGACUUUUUUGAUAAGAUGAAAGAUUAAUUUAUAAAUGUUUAUGUCGUCUCCAUGUCUGAUUAACAUACACCUCCACAGCUAGCUGCUUGUUAACAGUUUAACUCACUUGAAGGCUGAUAUCAUGUUAAUAACCCAAUCCUAAACUCCACACUCAGGCUCACAGAGUUUCAGGUGUGUUCCCAGUCAUUGUGUGUACUUAGAGCUGUUCUUCUGUUGUAGUAUUAAGUGUGUUAACGCCAAAUUACACACUCUCUGAGUCUGCAUAUUUGUACGCCUAAUUGUUGGAUUUCCGAGGAGUUGAGUGUGGAUAAGGCAACAUUUGUGAACAUGUGUGAAGUAAUCUCCGGCCCCCAUUAAAUGUAGAUGAAUGCCCUUAUAUUGAACUGGAAUUCAAUGUAUUUGUUGUAGCGUGUAAUUUAAAAAAAAAAAAAAAGUUGCUGUGAUAUAUUCGAUGUUUUUGUUUUUUAGUUAAAUAUUCUCACAUAUUUUACAUGACUGUCUGUCUGAUUUUUGAAGGCGCUUCCCAUUCCUCAUUUCUAUACCAUCUGAAGUCCUCACCCACAUAAUCCUGGUGCAUUAAAAAGGGUUUAGAGCCAGAGACCGAGCAAAUGUCAUGCCUUUUCUAUUUAACAAUUAGCCAAAAAAAUCAGUUUAAAAAUCUUGAAGAAUAUAAGUUCAAAAGAAAAAAAACAUUUUACAGACAAAACUCAAAACUAAGCAAAUUUUUUUUGGCUUAUUUCUGCCAGAAAAGUAUCUCAUCAGACUUAAUACACAUUCACUGGACAAGACUAAAUUUAAUGAGUGAACAAGACCUGGACUGUGAAAUAAGUUAUCUGCCAAUGAGAAACAUGUAUGUUUAUAUUUCUUUAAUGGAGAUUUUAUCAUGUUUCUAAACACUCAAGUGAAUUUUGUGUCUCGUCUGACCUGUUUGAUGCUCAUGUUAUUUUCAGACAACUUUAUUUGGACUUUUCAUGUGAAUGUGGCUAAUAUUGAGUCCAAUGACAUAUCUUUUUCACAGAAAUAAGCCAGACUGCUGUUUAGCUUUGAGUUUUUGCUGUAUAAGCUUCGUUUUUGUGGAAUUGAGUACUUAUUAUUGAAUGUAUUCAUUGCAGUGGUGGUUAGUCCUUUUAUUCAGGAACAUCAGACUUUAACCACACUUUCAUACAUUUGAUGCAGCGUUUCAGCAGAGAUCUAAUGUGUGUCUUUGUGUCUUCUAAAGGUGCUGCUGUGGGUGCUCCUUUCGCUGCUGCCUCUUGUGGAGGGAGUUCAUGUGAAAGUUGGUGCUGCUGCUGCUGCUGCUGGAUCAGACUCGAGCCGCACUGUGGGCCUGCUGGGAGGCAAAGAGGAGCCUGAGCUUCCGCCCACACUGCCAGGGGUGGUGGAGGACGAGGAGCAGGAUGACAACAGUGACCCUUACUCCACUUGGCAUGCUCUUUAUGGUACUGAGGCUUUUAUAAAAGUAUAUUUUACAGCACAUCUGCUUCAGCUGAGAGUAUUAGAGUGCAAGGAGGGUGUGAGCAUGGAGAUCUGCUUUGUGUCUCAGUCACAAUACAUGUUUGCAUGGGGCUUGGACAGUGAUAAGUUGUUGUAGGUCAAAGUAAAGGGUAUAUUGGAGGUUUUUGAGUGUGUUUUGCAUCUAGUUCCUCAUAGAUUUCUGAACUCUGUGCCUCUGUCCCCUCCUUUUUAGAUCCCUUUGUGAUAGAUGAGGUGGAUGACCAUCCCACUAAUCGCUGGGCGGGGCGCUCUCCCCGCUCCUCUGACCUCACAGAACCUCAACCCAAAGGAUCACCAAAGAAAAAGAAGAAGAGGAAGAAGAAAGAAAAGGAGGAAGAGGAAGAGACAGGAAGAGGGGACAGAAAGGGUAAAGGUAAAAACAGGCAGCCAAAGCAGAGCAGCAGGGACUGCCGAGUGGAGAAAAGAGAGAUGAGGGUUCGGGACCUGGGUCUGGGGUUUGACUCGGAUGAGAUCGUCCUCUUUAAGUUUUGUGUCGGCUCCUGCCAGUCCUCAAGGACAAACUAUGACCUCGCUCUGAAGGCGCUGCUGGAAAAUGGGUCUCUCCCCAGACGCACGGCCCGAAAGGUUAGUAACCACCCCUGCUGCCGGCCUGACCGGUACGAGCCGGUUUCCUUCAUGGACGCUCAGACCACGUGGAGGACGAUCCAGUCUUUAUCAGCAGCCAGUUGCAUGUGUAUGGGCUGAAAGAGUGAAGAAAGUGUGGAAGGGGAGAGGUGUGACCUGUCCUUAACAGAGUGGAGGCUCAGCCUGAGGAAUGCCAGAGGGGGGCGCUGUUACACACCACAGAGGAUGAAAUGGAGCUUUUCUGUGUUUUCUCUUGGUGAUGAAGAGGUGUGGAGCAAAUGAACAAUGAAAGUCAAAGGUCAAAAUCCUAACCAGAGGGUGAACUCAUCAGGGAAUCACAGUCUGGAUUUAUUUUUGCUUCUUCACAGAUUUUUUUUUUUGACUGAAUACCUGGUAACCAAUGCAGAGGCCUCCACUCCAGUUAAAUUCAUAUCAGAGACUGUACAUGUGGAUGUGUUUUGAGUUUGCAUGGGUGAAUCCUGAAGACUCAAGCUCAAAGAUACAAAAAAAAAAAGACACAACUAAAGGACCGACACUGUGCUUAGUCCAAAUUAGACUGACCAAGAACUAAUGAGACACUCGCUUUUACUCCCAAUGAAGCCAAAACCUCCGAAAGCAAUAUCAUACUUUCACAUUACAACAGGCAUUUCUUUGUCUCUAUGUUCAGGUGAACUCAGCCAAAUGGAUGCCAUGCAUCUUCAUGUAUUACUGUGUCAAAGUAAAAUAUAUUUAUUUCUGAUAAAUUAUUUAUUUAUUAUAGCUUGAUAUGAGAGCUGUUGUUAUUAACUCUAUAUUGUAGAUAGAUGUCUAUUUAUUGCCAAGAGUCAGACUUCAUGUGGACACUUACUUCUGUCCACAUGCAGUGCUUACAUUUCUUUAUUUCAAAGAUGCAGAUUUUUACAUUUAUCCACUCACACAACCAGACAGUGGAAUUUGAUCUGAGUAAGAUUUGAUGAUUGAACGUUUUAGAAAUGAUUGAAGUAACUUAAUGAG